GGAAAACCGGCACCAAGUCCAACAAUUCAAGAAGGGGUCGUGUCUGCUUUGCAGCUACAGGAGAGAGUGAGGCAGUCCCUGACGGCAAUUGGGCAGAGCUCCUCAGAGAAAAGGCUGUGCUGAGGGCUGGGAAAGAAACCCAAAGUCGUGACUCCGGCGGAGCCCUGCGUGUCUCCAAAAGCCCUACUCUGAGUUCGUCCCACCAGCAAGGUUGUGCAGUGUGAGAACCGAGUACUUUAUAACUGGGUGUGCCUGAAUGCAUCAGCCUUUGGAUGUGAGCAUCUUCUCUUGAAACAGCCUUGUGAUAUCCUAGCUGCCUGUUCUCCCAGGAGGUCCCUUGGAAGAUCCUGUCCAUACGUCUGUCUGGGUGCCUGCCGCGGCUGCCUUGCUUCCAGAUCUGAACCAUGUCCCACCCAUCCUGGCUACCACCCAAGAGUACCAAUGAGCCUAUUGGACACGUUCCUGCAAGGAUGGAGACCACACACACCUUCGGGACGCCCAGCAUCUCAGUGUCCACCCAGCAGGCACCAAAGAAGUUUGCGCCUGUUGUUGCCCCCAAGCCAAAGUACAACCCAUAUAAGCAACCAGGAGGUGAUGGGGACUUCCUUCCUCCGCCCCCACCUCCUGUGGAUGACCUCGGGAACAUGACAUCAUCACAAGGUGCCUUUCCCCCCCCACCCCCUCUGGAUGACGUUACUUUCAAUGUGCAGCAAGUGAAUCCUGGUGGCAAGACGCUUGAGGAGAGGCGGUCCAGUUUAGAUGCAGAAAUCGACUCUCUGACCAGCAUCCUGGCCGACCUGGAGAGCAGCUCUCCUUACAAACCUCGGACUCAACAGGGCUCCGGGACCACCAGCAGCUCCACCGCCACCACCCCAUCCGUGUCCACCCCCGUCACUGGCCACAAGCGGAUGAUCAUCCCCAACCAGCCUCCCCUCACUGCCACCAAGAAAUCCACUGCCAAGGGCCCGGGGCAGCCGGCCCCCAUCCCGGUGACUCCCGUCGGCACCCUGAAGCCGCAGCCGGUGCCGGCCUCCUACGCCACGGCCUCCACCCCCAGCCGCCCGGCUUUCAACGUCCAGGUGAGGACGGCACAGCCCAGCCCGCACUACCAGCCGCCCGGCCCGCAGCCCGCACACUACGGCAGCCUGGGGCCCGGCCAGCCCUACGCUCCCCCGCCAUCCCGCCCGCCCGGCGCCCCGCAGUACGGCUCUACCCAGCCCCGCGGACCCGACUACGGCUACGCCCCGCCGCCCGCCCGGCCCUCGGAGCCCAACUAUGGCUACGCACCUCCACAGGGCCGCUACCAGGACCCCUACUAUGGAGGGUACGGGGGCAGGAAUGGCUCCGAAGCGCCCUACGCGCCACAGAGCACCUGGAAGGCUGAGCCGACGUAUCCUGCCGGUAACACCAUGGGCCAGGCUCCUCCCGGGCUCUACCAGCCGCCCAGCACCAAGAAGACCUACAUCACUGACCCGGUGCUGGCCCCACAGGCGCCCACGCUGCAGCAGAAGAGUGGGUAUCCAAGCUCUGGACCCGCGUCAAGCACUCCUGCCUUCAGGCCUGAGGAUGAGCUGGAGCAUCUGACCAAGAAAAUGCUGUAUGACAUGGAGAAUCCUCCUUCCGAUGACUACUUUGGCCGCUGUGCCCGCUGUGGGGAGAAUGUUGUUGGGGAAGGCACUGGCUGCACGGCCAUGGACCAGGUCUUCCACGUGGAGUGCUUCACCUGCAUGAUGUGCAACAACAAGCUGAGGGGACAGCCUUUCUACGCAGUGGAGAAGAAAGCCUACUGUGAACCCUGCUAUAUUAACACGCUGGAGCAAUGCAGCGUCUGUGCAAAGCCCAUUAUGGAAAGGAUCCUCCGAGCCACUGGGAAGGCCUACCAUCCCCACUGCUUCACCUGUGUGAUGUGCCAUCGCAGCCUGGAUGGGAUCCCCUUCACAGUGGAUGCUGGUGGGAACAUCCACUGCAUCGAGGAUUUCCAUAAGAAAUUUGCACCGAGAUGCUCCGUGUGUAAGGAGCCCAUCAUGCCAGCUCCAGGACAAGAGGAGACUGUACGCAUUGUCGCCUUGGAUCGUGACUUCCAUGUCCAGUGCUACCGGUGUGAGGACUGCGGUGGCCUCCUGUCUGAAGGGGACAAUCAGGGCUGUUACCCUCUGGACGGGCACAUCCUUUGCAAGACCUGCAACUCUGCUCGGAUCCAGGCUCUGACUGCCAAGGCCAGCACUGAUCUCUGAGUAUCAACUGUGACCCUCCCCAGGAUGCCCGUUGGGGAAUAUUGCACAAGCUUUGCAUGAUUUCUUUCCAGCCUAGGGUCUGAAUCUCUAUUUUAAAAAAGAAAACAAAUGGAAAAAAAAAAAAAAAAAAA